AUGCAGAUCGAGCACGAGGAGGAGAGCCGAAUGCAGAUCGACGAUGAGGAGAGCUGCGCGCUCGGCGCCACAUCCUCGCCGCAGCCGUCGGACGCCAGCGCCACCCUCGCCACUGCGGCGCCCGCCCGAUUCGACGUGACGCCCGCCGCCGCUGAAUCUCCCGACGAGUCGCUUCCGGACCUACUUCAGCAGCACGCUGCAAAUUUGCUGCAGCAGUUGGACGCUGAGGGGGAGAUUCCAGACGGCCUCCCCGUCAAGGUUGGAAGGGACACGCCAUCGUGUAUCGAUGCCGCGCUCGAGCACGAGCGCACUAAGGAGCCGCUCGGAUCGAUCCUCCGUCGGCGCGGGUCCCUUGACAAAAACACGCGGCAUGUCACAAAGUGGCUGCCUGCGGUGCGGAGGCUGCUUGAGUGCGGCGUGCUGCAUUUUGGCCCCGUCGGACCGACUGCGGAGCAGGCUGCGCUGCGAGAGCGGUACGCCGAGCUGGUCACGCAGUCGCGCCGCGCUCUCGUAGAGGCGAAGCUGCCUCGGCGUCGCGGAAACGGCGGCGACGUCAACGGCUCGCGGCCGUUCUUGGACUGCUUCGAGCCCGCACUCACCGCCGCCGUCCGCUUUCGAGCGGGCGACGCGAGCUCCGCAGAGCAGGCGGCUGCCGACUGCGGCGUCACGAAGGGGGCGGUGCUCUUCUGGGACGAGCAGCUAGAGUGGGCGGCAGACCCGGCUAAGCGGCAGCGCGUCUUCGCAGGGCAGCAGCUGCGCGAGGAGGUGCAGCGGCUGCACGCAGAGGUGCAGCGGCUGCGCGCAGAGGGGCAGCGCUCUGAGUCGCUCUCGAGCGAGCUCGAGAAGCUGCAGCUCCUCCCACGGCCAGGGCCGCCGCCCGGGCUCCCCCGCUGGAGGUUUGGGCCCGAUACCGUUUGGGACCGGCCGGUCCGGAAGCACUGCAGCGAGAUUGCCCUCGGAACGUUGGAGUUCGGCGCCGGGAUCGUGACCUUUGAGCGGGACGAGAUUCGAUGGACCUUCUCCAUGCCGGAAUCCCACUCGUCUCACUGCUUCCCGUGGCCCUCGUGGACGCUGAAGCUGAGGACUGCAAGUCUCUGCUCCGCGUCCGCGAGCGACAUCGACUUCGACCUCUCCCUGCGCGGCUUUGUGGACGUGCCGUUGGACUUGCGAGGCUACGACCUUUCCUGGGAGUUGUGCCGUUUUGCUCCCAGGACGUCGCCGACCACUUCAAUCGGCACGUCCAUCGCCGACCACUACGACCCCUUCUCCCAGCCCGGCUCGGCCAAGAGCUACAUCCGCCUCCGGUUCGACAGCAGCAACGACCGCCUCGAGGCGCUCGAGGCUGUGCCGAGGAUUCGCGAAAUUCUCCGACUAACAAUUAUGACGGACGACUGUGGCGGCUACUAUUGGGGGCCCUUCCACCCGCGCGCGCAAGAUGAGCCGUGGAUGGCCGCAGAGCGAGAGAGGCGCGGACGGAGAGACGAGCGGUACGACCCGGCAGCGGUAGCGCGUUUGUGGGAGGAGGGCGAGAGGGCCAGAGAGGAAGCGGGAGAGGCAAGCGCAGCCGCGGCGUCGCAGCCGGCAGCGUCACCGCGGCAGGGCGCGGAGCCGGAGAGGCAAGCGCUGUCGGCCUUCUUCGACUAUCCGGCAGCGCAAGCUCUCGCCGGCUGUCAGGCCUCGUGGAACCCAGCUGGGGUCUAG